AUGGUAAACCUAGAGAGUGAAUUAGAAUCUCCUUAUCUGUUGGACCUCAGCAACAUCUUCUUUAUAUGUUGUGCCCUCCUCCUGUAUAGGAACAAUCGGAGUCCUCCUAUCUUAUUUCAUGAUGGCAGGCUCAGGGGCUGUUGUUUCUUUUUUUUCCCCCCACUUUCUUCUAUUCUAAAUUUUUCUCUUCUUUUCUAUUCAUUUCUUUCCAUUUUCCCAUCUUUUUAUUAUCUUACUUAUUUUUUCCCUCAUUUCCCAUUAUCUUCUCCUUUUCUCUGUCUUUUGUUUUCUGUUGACAAUUCCCCUUGCUUUUACACUCUUCAUUCUUUAGAUAUUUCUUUUAUAACAUUUUUGUCUUUUUUUAUUCUUUUCAUUCUUUUUCCAUUUUUUCAAAUAUUUCCUUCAAAUUCCUUACUUUUUCUUUUUACCUUUCUUCCUUCAUUUUUUCUUUCCAUCUUCUUUUCAUAUUCAUUACAUUUUCACCAUGCUUUAAACACCUCUUCUCUGUCUUCUUCAUCCUUUCUUUUUUCUUUUAUCACUUAUUCCUCCUCUCCUUCAUUUAUUUUUUCUUUCCAUCUUCUUUUCAUGUUUAUUGCCUUUUCUCUAUGCUUUAAACACCUUUGUUUUGUCUUCUUCUUCCUUUCUUUUUUUCUUUUAUGA